AGUAGAUUCUUCAGGAUGGGCAUCUGGGCCCCACCCCGACUCCUGGAGCUGGCCGGCCAGAGCCUGCUGCAGAAUGAGGCGUUGGCCAUCGCGGCCCUGGAGGAGCUGCCCAUCGAGCUCUUCCCACCGCUGUUUACGGCGGCCUUUGCCGGGAGGCACACCCAGGUCGUGAAGGCGAUGGUGCAGGCCUGGCCCUUCCCCUGCCUCCCGCUGGGGGCCCUGAUGAAGGACCACCAGCCUCAUCUGGAGACCUUCCAGGCUGCACUUGACGGCCUGGACGUCCUGCUUGCUCAGGAGGUCCGCCCCAGGCGGUGGAAGCUGCAGGUGCUGGACUUGCGCCGGAACGCGCACCAGGACUUCUGGAUCGUGUGGUCCGGCAUCAAGGCCAGCAUGUGCUCGCUGCUGGAGCCCGAGCCGGCCGAGCCCAUGCAGAAGAGGCGCAGAGUGGAGGGUUCGAUGGCGGGGCUGAAGCCGGCGCGGGCCCCCGUGGAGGUGCUGGUCGACCUGUGCCUCAAGGAGGACACGCUGGACGAGACCCUCAGCUGCCUGCUGAAGAAGGCCAAGCAGAGGAGGGGCCUGCUGCGCCUGCGCUGCCAGAAGCUGCGCGUCUUCGCCAUGCCCGUGCAGAGCGUCAGGAGGGUCCUGAGGGCGGUGCAGCUGGACUCCGUCCAGGACCUGGAGGUGAACUGCACCUGGAAGCUGGCCACGCUGGGCAGGUUCGUGCUGCAGCUGGGCCGCAUGGGCAGCCUGCGUCGGCUGCUGCUCUCGAACAUCCACGUGUUGCCGCACACCGCCGCCGACCAGGAGGAGCACUGCGUCGGCCAGCUCACCGCCCAGUUCCUGAACCUGCCCCACCUGCAGGAGCUCUACCUGGACUCCAUCUCCUUCCUCGAGGGCCGCCUGCAUCAGGUGCUCAGGUGCCUGAAGACCCCGCUGGAGACCCUGUCGAUCACCAACUGCCUGAUUUCAGACUCGGACCUGAAGUACCUGUCGCAGUGCCCAAGCGUCAGCCUGCUGAAGGACCUGGGCCUCAGUGGGGUCAGCUUGACCAGCCUCAACUUGGAGCCCCUGCAGGUCCUGAUCGAGAGAACCUCGGCCACCCUGCAGGACCUGGACCUGGACGAGUGUGGCAUCAUGGACUCCCAGCUCAGCGCCCUCCUGCCUUCCCUGAGCCGCUGCUCCCAGCUCACCACCUUCAGCUUCUGUGGCAACCCCAUCUCCAUGGCCGUGCUGGAGAGCCUGUUGCAGCACACCGUGGGGCUGAGCAGGCUCAGCCACGUGCUCUACCCCGCGCCCCUGGAGAGCUACGAGGAUGUGCGCGGCACCCUGCACCUGGGCCGCCUGGCCCAGCUGCACGCCCGGCUCAGGCAGCUGCUCUGCGAGUCGGGGCGGCCCGGCAUGGUCUGGUUCAGCGCCAACCCCUGUCCGCACUGCGGCGACCGGACCUUCUACGACCCGGAGCCCCUCCUCUGCCCCUGCUGCAUGCCCACCUAG